AAACAGCUUUAUGGGGCGGUUCCAAGUUUAGAAUCCCCAUUUCAGGUCAUUCCAAUUUCCAAGAGAGCCAAGACAGACAAACAGACGUAACGUUUUCUUCCAAGUGAAGAGAGAGAGAGCGAGAGAGAGAGAGAAAGAAUUCCACAGUUUUUGUGCAUAUCCAUGGCAGACCACCCCGAUGAUUUAGACCAACUGCUCGAUAGUGCUUUGGAUGACUUCCAAAACCUUAACCUCAAGCCUUCUGUCCAAAGUGAUAAAGAAUCUAUAGAGACCAAGCAAGAAGAGCCACCCGCUUUGCCCUCAGGGGUUCAAGGACUUGGCAUGGGCUUGCCUGACUUGAGAAGCAAGAAAAAGGGUAAGCAAAAGGUUUCCAAGGAGUCCCAUGUUUCUGAGGCGCUUGACCAGCUCAGAGAGCAGACUAGGGAGGCUGUCAAGGGGCUUGAGUCGGUGCCUGGUGCAAAACCCGCCGGAGGAGAUCCUAUGAUGGAGGAUUGGGUCAAGCAAUUUGAGGAGCUUGCUGGCUCUCAGGACAUGGAAUCUAUUGUGGAGACCAUGAUGCAGCAGCUUUUGUCUAAGGAGAUUCUUCAUGAUCCAAUGAAGGAGAUAGGAGAAAGAUAUCCAAAGUGGUUAGAAGAUCAUAAAGCAAGCUUGAGCACAGAAGAUUAUAAUCGUUUCUUCCACCAAUAUGAACUCAUAAAAGAUCUUAAUGAAGUUUAUGAAAAUGAUCCUACUAACUUCAACAAGAUUGUUGAGCUCAUGCAGAAAAUGCAGGAAUGUGGCCAACCACCAAAUGAUAUUGUCCAAGAGCUUGCUCCUGAUUUUGAUUUAGCUAGUCUUGGACAGAUAUCUCCAGAGAUGCUUGAGUCCCAGCCAAAUUGUUCCAUAAUGUGAGGCCAGGUCUUCCAUCUUGUAGCAUGUCCCUCUUGCUGUUUAGUUUAGCUAUGGAUAUAUUUAUUUUUUAAACAUUGUGAGAAAUAAAUUGGUUUCACCUAGAUUACGAUUGCUUUAUUCUCUCAGAAUUAGAUGAUGAGAUGUUCAAUUUCAGGGCUUCAGCAUUGAUUCAUUGCAAAA